AUGGCCAUCCCUGGAAAAGAAGACCAACUUCGGAGCAAGGGAAUUGUGGAUAUUCAAUAUAAGAAGGUGGACUGCAAUUAUAAGGGGGCAAAUGUGGCAUUCCGAGUCGACAAAACCUCAAACCAGUACUAUUUCGCGAUGGCUGUACAAUACUUUAAUGGUGAUGGGCUCACGGGAGUCGAGCUCAGGCGGGCGAACACGAACGAUGCUUGGCUCGCGAUGAAAAUAUCUUGGGGCGGUGUUUAUCGGGUUAACUUACCCGCUGGCUAUGGCCCGCCGUUUUCAGUCCGCCUGACCCAGUCCUCGAAAACCGUGGUGGCCGAAAACGUGAUUCCGGCCAAUUAUGAUAUCACAAUCUACAAAUCAAAUGUCAAUUUUUGA